UCUGAGAGCUCUGUCUUGCCCAUCAACUAUGAGUACCCUCAGACUCCCAAGUUACAUUGCUGAAGUGGAGGCUGCCAUCGACCACUUGAUCACCUUGUGUUUGCAAGCCUCAGAUAUGUACCUGUCUCUGGGGUUCUAUUUCCAAGAUGACAGUGUGGUUCUGAAGGGUAUAUGUUACUUUUUCCGAAAAUUAGCUGAGAAGAAGCGUCAGGAUGCUUAUUAUCUCUUGAGGAAAAAUCCAUGCAGUGGUGGCGGGUACUUCCCUGAUGGGCAGUUGCUGCCCCAGGAUGGGUGGCUUGAUAUCACAGAUGCUAUGGAAACUUCAUUGUCCCAGGAGAAGAAUCUAUACCAAGCUCUUAUGGAUCUGUAUGCUCUGGGUUUGGCCAGUAGAGACAUCCAACUCUGCAAAUUCCUGAAGAGACACUUUCUGGGAAAGGAAGUGAAGCUGAUGAAGAAGAUGAACAAACACCUGACCACUCUCCGCAGACGGAUGGGGCUGGAUUCUAAGCUGAGUUGACUCAAUUCCAUUUCCCUGUUGGG